CACUUUACUCUCACUCGCUAAACACAGUCAUUUGUUUGGACUCAUGCCGAACUUUUACCAUGUUUUUGACUCUUCUGCUGCUGUUUUGCUUCAUCAAUUACAGUGGAAGCGGCACUGAACAUGUGACAGGAACAAAAGGAGGCAAUGCCACCCUGUCAUGUGAACUUGAGGACCAUGAGAUUACAGUUAUUGUGUUAAACAGACAGGCAAAACAGAUCCUUUACUGUCAGAAUGAAGAAUGUAAGAGUGAAGAUGGCAGAGUGUUGAAAAAAGGAAAGUGUGACAUCAUGUUAAUGCAUCUGAAAUUCAGUGAUGCUGGAAAAUACAUUCUGAAAGUCUAUCACAAUAAUGAUCAACCAGAAAUCCUGGAGUACCAAGUUCUUAUUCAGGAUGAGAUUUCUGUGAAAAUAGGUGAGAAGGUAAAGUUGCAUGUUCUGUUGACCAACGCUGAUAAAGUGGAGCAUCAGUACAGCAACAGCACAGAGUGGACAAAGCUGUGGAAGAGAGGCGAAGAGGUCCAGAGUGAUCGACUGACCGACAGAGAUGAGACUCUGACCAUUAGUAAUUUUACAGUCAAUGACACUGGAAUAUACAGAGUUCUGGACACUAAAGGAGAAAUCUUGAUCACAUUGACAGUCACGGUUACAGAAUCAAAGGGAAAACUGCACACAGAUGAAGACAAAACUAUUGAGUCUUGGAUUAUUGUGGUGUCUGUGAUUGGAGCUCUGCUGGUGCUGGUUAUAUCUGCUGUCAUCUGGAAAUACAAAUGUCAGCACAAGAACCCAGAAGAUGAGCAAAUGAACUCAGAAGAUGAGCAAAUGAACAAAGAAGAUGAGCAAAUUAACUCAGAAGAUGAGCAAAUGAACGAAGAAGAUGAGUCUGUCCAACAGGAAGAGAGUGAACUGUAGUCCAGAACAUCUAGAGACGACACUGGGAACUUGUAAUCUUAUAUUUAUUUCAUAUUAUGGUUGAGCAAGAGUGCUGUUCUUGCUGAAUAUCAGAACAAUUACACAUUUGUUUUUAUAUUUUUGUUAUAAAUUGUUUUUGUUUUUAUGACAGUUCAAUAAACAAGUCAAUAUAAAGAGAGCUACAUUUUGAACACAGUAUUAUAUUUUAUAUUUAUACUUUAUCAUAGUAUUAUAUAACACUGAAUAUAUUUAUUAAAUUAAUCUGACAUAAAAUAAUAUUAAUUUAUCUCUAUGUAAGAAAAAUGACCAUAAAGGUAAAAUUGUCACUGGAGAUCAAUUUCUGGGAGAAAAUAUCAUCUUUAAUGCAGAUUAUGAAAAGCUUUGUGAGUCAGACAGUCCUAAACCAUUCAAGAUACUCCAGCACAAAACCACAAUUAUUAUUAUCAAAAUCCCAGAAAAUUUCAAGAUAUCAUAUGUACCUUACUGUGAAGGACUUAUAUAUAAUAUUUAUUUAUAUAUAAUAUUUUCUUCAAGUUCUUAGGACAACUUUGAUUUAAAAUGUUGACUACUGUAUAUAUAUAUAUAUAUAUAUAUAUAUAUAUAUACACUGCUAAAAAAAUUAAAGGAACAGUUUUUAAUCAAAGAAUAGCUUCAAGUUAGUUAAACUCCUGGGAUAUUGAUCUGGGCUGCGUUUCCCAAAAGCAUUGUAAGGCUUACGAUGCUUUAGCAGAGGAGGUUGUUAAUCAGUUUCAGCAGCUUUGAUGUUAAUGAAAUUAACA